AUGCUGGAGCUAGCUGCUUCCGGCGCCGCUGACCCGCAAGUACGGGACAGAGGUGGCGGCGCUCGUGGAGGAGGUGCGGCAGGGGCUUCACCGACCCGCCUACGGCGUGACCUGGUGGCGCGCACGGUGCCAGACCUGAAGCCCGUGGUGGAGCCGCCCGUACCGCGCGCCAAAGACACCGAACUGCCGUGGGUCGGCUUCUCGCCGUGGUACCAGGCGUUCUUUGAGGCGUGGCAGCGCGUCAACCGCCGGCUCAUGGUCACCCACCACUGCCUGCGGGACGCCCUCCAGCUGUGCCGCUCGGUACUGAGCGACGCGCUCUUCGUCGACUGGACGCAGUUUCAAUUUCCUCGCCAGUUCAGCGUCGACUCCUGGAAGGAGACGCUGACGCAGGAGUGCGAGACGGAGGAGGUGCGGCUGGACCGCACCUGGUACCGCCAGCUGGUGGACAUAUUCGGCGCGGUCACAUCGGCCGGCGGCGGCAAGCUCCACCGGCAGCGUCUGUUCGCCAGCGCCAACACGCUGGCCGCCAACGAGCUCCGAAACGUGCUGAUGCGCACGGUGGAGGCGUACGUCAGCCUGUUCCGCUUCCCGAGCAUGCUGCCUCUGCUGGAGGUGGACCUGAUCCUGGACGGGUGCACUGUCUCCUUCUACCCGCCGUUCACCGAGAUCGAGGAGGCCGCCCUGUUCCCCAUCAACCAGCUGGCCGCCUCGCUGCAGCGGACGCCGCUCAUCGAGGCCUUCAUCCUGGGAGAUGACGCGCACAUGUCCUACAUGACCGUGGACAUACCAGAUGUGUUCCUGGAGGCGGCCCGGCGCACAGUCAGCCAGCACGUGCGACACCUAUUCGAGGCGCCGCUGCACCAGAGCCAGCAGCUAGCCAAGCAGUACGACUACCUGCUGAGCGACAAGGCCGACCACGAGCUGGACACUUUUCUGGCGGCCGAGCACACGUUCGAUGAGCAGACGCAGCUCGUGGCCAGCUUCGACCCGCACAUCGAGUCGCUGGCGCGCAUGGAGACCAUCGAGUACUUCGACAUGUUCAGACUGGACCGGGACGAGUUCGUGCGCGGCGUGAACCAGCUGAUCACGGAUCUGAAAGGUCGCAUCCUGAACAACAUUCUGGAGUACCAUCGCGCCGAGAACAAGGAGAUCGGUGACACGUUCGAGGAGAUCGAGCGGAAGGCGCACGAGCCUCCGGAGGACACCGCCGCCAUGAUCGUGCUCGCCGAAUACAUGACCAAGGCCAUGGGCGUCACCCUGCCCCUGCUCAGAGAGAAGGUCAAGGAGAGCGUAGAUCGGAUGCUGUACCUGCUGGAAUGCGUCGAGUUCACGCCUGAAGACAUCGAUGUCAAUACGUGCACGGCCCUCUGGAUCGACCGGAUCCGGCCCACGUUCGACCACAGUGCCGAGGUCAUCGAGGAAUGCAAGCAGAAGUUCGAGGACGCCCUGACGGAGCGGACGGAGGGGCUCGUCUCGGACUUGGAGAAACUCAAGAACCGCGUGCGUGAGCUGGACGACCUGGGCGACGCCAACAACAUGCCUGUCUACGUGUCGGACAUGCGUGCUCUUCGACGCAAACUCACAGACCUGGAGACCGUCGUCGAAUGGAUCAACGAGCAGGAGGCGCUCUUCAAGUUCCCGCAAUCCACCUACCCGGAGAUCCACCAGCUGCAGACGUCCAUCGACCCCUUCGCCAACCUGUUCACCACGACGAUGCGGUGGCAGAAGACUCUCAAGAAGUGGAUGGAUGGCGCCUUCCUGGAGCUGGACGGCGAGAGCGUCGAGGCUGACACGGAGGAAUUCUCCAGGGACAUGUACAAGCUGCAAAAGGUGAUCAAGUCGCGCUUCAAGCAGCAGGUGAUUGACACGUCGAGCCGCGCGCGCGAGGAGGGCCGGCCGCGCAUCAACGUGGACGACCCCAACCCGGAUAACCUGCCCGGCCCGCUGCGCAUCUGCUUCAAGACCAUCGAGCAGAUCGACGCGUUCAAGGUUCAGCUCGGAGGGCGAGAAGGUGGAACUGGUCAGCGUCAUCUCCACCGCUGAAGCCAAGGGCAGCGUCGAGAAGUGGCUGAUGCAGGUUCAGGAGGACAUGCUGGCGUCGGUGCGGGAGGUGAUCGCCAUCUCGUUCGAGGCGUACGCCCAGAGCGUGCGGAAGCACUGGGUGAUCGAGUGGCCCGGCCAGGUGGUGCUCUGCGUCUCCCAAGUGUACUGGACGGCUGAGGUUCACCACGCCAUCCGCGAUGGCGUGCACGGCCUGCGCGAAUACUACCGAAAGCUGCAGGACCAGAUGAACGACCUCGUGUCUCUAGUGCGCGGACAGCUGAGCAAGCAGUCCCGAAUCACACUCGGCGCUCUGGUCGUCAUUGAUGUGCACGCGCGCGACGUGGUGCAGGGCCUGGCCGAUAAGGGCGUCAGCUCCGAGAGCGACUUCGAGUGGCUGGCCCAGCUCAGGUAUUACUGGGAGGAGGAAAACUGCAAGGUGCGCUUGAUCAACGCCACUGUGCCGUACGCGUACGAGUAUCUGGGCAACACGCCGCGGCUGGUGAUCACGCCGCUGACGGACCGCUGCUACCGCACCCUGAUCGGGGCCUACCACCUGCACCUGAACGGCGCCCCGGAGGGCCCGGCCGGCACUGGCAAGACGGAGACCACCAAGGACCUGGCCAAGGCGCUGGCCGUCCAGUGUAUCGUCUUCAACUGCUCCGACGGGCUCGACUAUAUCGCCAUGGGCAAGUUCUUUAAGGGCCUGGCAUCGUCUGGCGCCUGGGCCUGCUUCGACGAGUUCAACCGGAUCGAUUUGGAGGUGCUGUCCGUGGUGGCUCAGCAGAUCCUGUCCAUCGUCAGGGCCGUCCAGGCCGGUGUGGAGACGUUCGUGUUCGAGGGCACCGAGCUGCGACUGAAUCCCUCCUGUUACGUGUGCAUCACCAUGAACCCGGGCUACGCCGGACGAUCAGAGCUGCCUGACAACCUCAAGGUGCUGUUCCGGACGGUCGCCAUGAUGGUGCCCGACUACACACUGAUCGGCGAGAUCUCCCUGUACUCGUUCGGCUUCGUCGACGCCCGCAGCCUCUCUGUCAAGAUCGCAUGCGGGCCGUGA